UUCACCAAGAAUUUAUUUUAACGAAAGGUUAGACUUUUUGGAAGGGCGAGGCUUUGAGCAGACCAGAAUUCGGGAGAAGGUUGGGGGGAGGGGGAGGGGGAGGGGGAGGGAGUGGUGUAGGAAGAGGUGAUGGCGACCGUUCACUCGGGAACACAUCACACCAUCGCAAACAACCGCUCGCCCAUUAACUACAGAUCCGUUCUCCCCAGCUAUUGCAGGGAAUGAAGUCAAUCCCACCAGCACGCACCCCUCUCUUUCGCCUUCCUGUUUCACCAAGCGCCUCCAAUGAUCUUCAGCCCAUUGAGUAGCAGGUUCAACUGCAGAGGGUCAAAAUCCCCGUUGGCCUCUCUCCUGGGAGUGUGAGGGCGGGCGCUGGGAGUAUGCAUUCUGCUCAUUAGCACGGAGAUCUGAAUCUUGCACUGGCUCUGAUGACUAUAAAUGGCGCGUCUUUUCUCUACCCUGCUAGGAUUCAGUAAUUGUAACCCAUACGUCAGGACUGUGCGUGGCCUGCGAGGCUGUUCGAGCACCCCUCCCCCUCUUCAGACGCCACAGUGAGCCUCUCCACUCCAGCUCUGUGCUGCCAUUACUGCGGGCACCAACUUGUUGGCACUCUGCAAUGUCCGGCCUUUGCUCACAUAUUCACAGAUAACCAUUUGAAAGCUUCCAGUCUCCAAUGGUUUUACUAAACGUAGGAUGGGACUUACGUUAAACGGAGUGUACCUUGUGCUUAUUCUUGGCGUACAGCUCGCCUAUCUCUUCCGUAGUGUGCGAGCGGCGGGGAAGUGCGAUGCAGUUUUUAAAGGGUUCUCCGACUGUCUGUUGAAACUCGGAGACAACGUGGCCAAUUACCAGCAAGGCGCGGACGACAAGCAGAAUGUUAAAACCAUCUGCUCAUACUGGAACGAUUUCCAUGCAUGUGCGACAACCGCGCUGGCGGACUGUCAAGAUGGAGCGACGGAUGUUUGGGAAAAACUCAAAGAAGAUUCCAAAAACCUGGAUUUCGAAGGCAGUUUGUUUGAUCUGUGUGAAAGGAAUAACUCCGCAAACACAAUAACUCCCCAGUGUUUUACCUUUGUCGUUUUAACAUUGUCCGCCUUACUGACCUGGAUUACACUCUAGGAAGACAGACAGGCGUUUAAACACACACACACACACACACACAGUGUGGAUUUGCAAUCAUUUCAGAACCACUGGACCUUCAAAAGAUAUUUACAAGGACUGGAAAUAUCUCCUAUCUUUUUGUUUUGAUUUACACAAAGGCGGCUUCGUGUUAUUUGCCAAAAUGUUACCGAGAAGCGAUCGGCGGUAAAACUCGCAGAGAUCACCUGAAUAAUAAAAAAAAGAUGCAAACCAGAACCCAAAAGUUCGGAUCAAACUCAGGAACGGCCUCGGGCCAUCGCUAUAGAUCGUGGGUCAUUCGCAGGAGGAGAGAGCGAGGACGAGAGAGAGAAAGAAAAGCAAAAAGCAGUUCACUCUUUUGUGCGAUUAAUCUGCCAAUUCGUUCUGUUCUACUGCCACCACCCCAUGCGAAUUCAAGUCAACAGCUUCAACCAUUGCACAAUCCUUAUAUUCUUCGCAGCACAACUAUGGUGAUCACGUCCCAGGAAUCUCCGAAUGACGGUCACGGUUUAAAUGCCAUUCCUCUUCGGAGAUUUGUUUCGUAUUGUAAAGAUAUAUUGCCAUCUUCAUCAGCCUUUUUAGUUUCUUUAUUUUAAAUAUAUAUCUAUAAAUAAUAAAUAUAUAUGCUGACUUAUUUUUGGAUGUCGCGUAGCAGAAUAGAUCACAAAAGGUCUUCAAUGUAUCUCAAACGAAACGAUAUGAGAACCAAUCAUUAUUUUAGAGAUUAACAAAAAAUACUCGCAAACCGGCAAAAAAUAACUAGAGCUACAUAUCCAGAAAUAAAUAAAAUAUAUGAGUUUGUGUGUUUGAAAUGGCAGUGUCACUUGUUGUUUGAGCGAGUAUUAGAGGGAACAAUAUUAAUCGGUCUAAUAUGUUAAUAUCCUGAAAGAAUAUGGUUAUACUGCUGUCGUACGAUUUGUAUUAAAAUUAUGAUUUAAAAUAUCCAUAUCCCAGCCUCUGCUGCUCAUGCUUUUAGUAACAGACGGAUUGUUCCAUAAUUAAUAAGACAGGAUAUUCAGGCAGUAGCGAGGUUGUAAUCGAUAUGAGUGGGCGUAAUGUUGCCCGUUAUCCGGUGUUUUUAGUCUAAAAGAGAUGGAGAAAGAGGUAGGAGUGGGGAGAAGAGGGAGACAGGGGUCAUUAGUAGGGACAGGAUAGACCCAGAACAUCUGAUAAAUAGUUUAGAUUUGAUAUGGAGGGAGAAAGGGCAACGGAUGUUUGAAGAUGCUCUCGGUAACGGAGGCAGGAACUCGGCUCUCCCUGGCCCUCCAGCGUACUUUGAAUAGAACACUAGAUUGUGAAGAUUUCUCCGCUGAAGUUGGCGUUGUAAAUGUACUGUGAUGGCGAUGUAAAUUUUCCACUAGUUCCUUGAGCAUUAGUAUGGGCGGUAACCUGGUGUGCUUUCCCCUAAGUACAUCCUCUGCAGUCUCUCAUCCCCGACUGACCGCUCGCCUUCAGGUAGACGCCAAGCCACCUUCAACUCUUCCUCCAGACCCGGUUUAGAAACAAUUUUAUGUUCUAGGCCUGCAUUUAGUUUUCAGAAUUAUUCGGUGAGUUGUUAAAUCGUAACCCGGGACUGUAUCGAAGUGGCUUUCAAGCCAACAAAAACAAGGCUUCCAGGAGUCGCAUUCAACUCCUUGCAAGGAAUCCGGUCAAGACUGAUUAGUGUAGAUAGGAAAAAUUCCGUCCAGAUUAUUCUGCAAAAAGAAUUUAAAAUAUUCUGAUAGACAUAUUAACCCAAAUCAAUGACUUGAAUUAACAUCUAUAUCAGAGUAUUGUAAAUUCGCUAAAUCAAGAAACUAAGCAGGUUUUAUAAUAUUCUUUUGAUUCGAAUGUAAUAAAACAGGAUAUAAAAUCAGACUAACCAGUAUAACGUGAUCUGGAUUAUUUGUUGUCUGUCCCCAUGAGGUUUCCCCCAAAGAGGGAUUAUAAACAGGUCCUCCAGAAACGUUUCAAGACAUUCCCCAGUCUGAAGGCGAGACCCCUACGCAUUUAGCAGUCCGGGUAAAACACGAAACUAUUUUAGACAUAGGCCUGAAUUAAUCUCCUUGGAAGCAAUCUUUUUUUUAAUAUUCAGCUCUAACCACAGCAAAAGCGAAUGUGAUUAAAUGGAGAUGAAAUAUUAAAUCAUGGUUUUUAUGAUAUAGAGCUAUAAAUUCUACCAAAUGGCCCUGUAACUCAUUGCAUCGAGAUCUGGUAAAACAUGGUCUUGGGACACCAGGUACCCUCUAAGAUAAUUUCAUAUAAGGUCAAUAAUUUUAACAGGUGUAUUUAUCAGUUGAGCAGAUCCCUGGCGUAAUACAGAUUUAACAACGGAAUGGGGCUGUUAACUCCGCAGCGUCAGAGACUGGACGAAGCUCCAGUUCUGAACUGUGGAAUUGGGAAUUCAGUUUCAAGUUCAAAAUUUUGACUUUGCAAAUUGUCUUUUGCUUCUUGCAGUCCCGGUGAGUGUCAGACCCUUGACAGUUUUUUUUUCCGGCCCUCCAGCGUCACCAGGCUCCAGAGGGGGCUGAUAUGAAUGAAGGUCGCCCCGGGGGAAGUACAUUGGGUCGUGAAUGCGGCAAGGCAGUGAGAGAGGGAGAACCCCUCCCCUGCGCAGAUCACACUCACACAGCCUCGCCGCAAGAGAGGGAGGGCGAGAACCCGCCCUCGAGCGCAGGCUAUUUUAGUGAGCUUCAUUGCAGGGAGGCGGCGGUGGGGAGGGGGGGCUUUCCAAUGUGCUUUGGUAGACUUGUAAUCAUGGAACUGGCUGAUCAAUGGUUACACGUCCCCAAGUCAGCAGGGAUGAAGCAGGCACUUAAACAGCCUUUUUGUGUGUGUGCACUGCACAUUACACUGGAUCAAAGCUCGUGCCAUUGCAGGACCAGUUAACUAGUGCUGGACGGUUAUCAAAUUUUGGAAAUAUUAAUAGUGGAAAACGAGGAGGAGCGAGUUUCUGUUGCUGGCAGUGCGACUAAGGCGCGGGUAUUCAUGGAGAUCAGAAAAUGAUUUAGUAAUGAAUGUUUCAUGGUUAGUUCUGCAGGAGGCUGCGUUACCUAGGCGACUGCGGCGGGGAGAAGGUUGAUGGACAACUUCAGGUGCGUGCAGUUGAGCAGAAACAGGGAUGGGAGGGAUCUAGAAAGAGAGAUGCAAAUUAAAACUGAUUCCCACGAGAUAAAUUCAUAAAUCAUCGCUGCUAAAUGUGAAUUGACCUGAGUUUUAAUCCAACAAAAGGCAUUUUUCUUUUGUUUUGUAUAACCUCAUCCGCAAAACACAACGUGCAUUGAAGCAUCUGUGGCGAUUUUAUCUGCAGCGGAUCCGUGCAGUGUGAGAUGAACUAUUUAUGGAGUUGUCCUGCCGGGAGGUGGACAAGCCGCCAAGCUCUGAAUGUGACUGCUUGUGCCUUGGGUUCUGGAGCUGGAUGGGAGGGAGCAGCUCUGUGAGAUCACAGCUAAAACAGCCACAGUGUGAAAAUGUGAUCUUUCCUCAGUUUGGAAUAGAGUCACGCCGAGUCAGCUGGUAUUUAAUUAACAUCCCGCCUGCAGUAUGCGACCAUGGUUUCAGGCAGGGCACGUUUCGGUUGUAGUAGAAUCAGGGUGCCACGUUUCACAUCAAAAUCGUAGUGUCAGAAAUGAAAAUAAAGUUCUAACCCCCCCCCCCCCCCCGCGAAGCGGGAACCCGAUUUAAAACCAAUGAAGCAUUUUGGAAGUGUAGGAAAACGGAAUAAAGGAUGUUUGUCUUAAAAUAAUCAAAAGCAACGAUACUGCCAGUAAGUCGACAGUAUAACCAUAUUCUUGGCAAGGGUCUCAGAUUCUGAAAAACAAUAUAACAUUACCGAAACUUAACAAAUUAGAUCAUGAACUAUAUUAACAUUUAUUGCCAUGAAUAGGAAGAACACGUUUGCACAAAUGGCUUGCAAAAAACAAAACAGUGAAAAUAACGCAAUUUAGCGAACGAAAAGUGUGGGAAAUUGUCUGAGAACCCGAGAGCGGUUCUGUAUUUUCCGCAGGACACGGUUAGACCACCCGCCCUUCCCCAAAUGUUGUGCACUUUCAGCUAUUUUAUCCAAACAUUAACGAAGCCAACCUCGACCUGUGCUUUAAACAAAUUAGAAUUAUUUUCAUCCCAGUUUUGCACGUUCAGACCGAGUUCAAUGGUUGGACGGACGCAAACGCCUCAGCGACGCGGUGGGUUGCGAUGCGGAAGGUCUAUAUCGUGCAACCCACUUCUGGUGUUAAACGUCCGAUACCCUUCCAUAAGAAGCUGUUUACCGAGUGACCGGUGUAACGGAUGGUGGGUACAGUGGUAUAAAUAUGCACAUUCGUUUAAAGUGCUUAGACUGUUUUAACAGCCUCACACACCCGCCUAUGUCUGCCUAUAAACGUUACACUCUAUAAACAUAGCAGAGAUUAGGUCUUCAUAAAAAGCCCAGCUUUAACAAAGAGCCGCAAAACAAGAGCACUGUUUUGCAUACUAAAAUGGCACAAAUAACGAGUAGGUUGGUUGUCGAAACAGAUUGCAGAUUCCAUUGCUAUAUCCAAUAAAACAGUUUUCAAUAUAGUUACCUCAAGUAAAAGCAAAAGAUACUUCGCAACAGAUGUAGUUUUGAGAUUAAUGAUUUACUCGCUUCUCUGCGCUUUUCUUUUUGGGGGUUUUAUAUAGAAUCGAAGUUUUUUUGUAAUAUUAGUUCUUGUGCGAACAAAACCAAGUGUUCUAUGUGUUUAAAGAUUCGGAUAAUUGCUUGCAACCAUUGAAGUGGAGUUGAUGCCUUUAUACCCGUCCUUAUGUAAUCCUUGUGCCCAUAAUCACAAGAGUGUGCAAAAGUGUCGUGAUGUAAUAAUGCCUGAUGUCUUUUAAAGAACCUCGAUUUGUUUCGUUGGAUAUGUUCAUUGUUUUUUUUUGCUCGACGUUGUAAUGAAAUCUCACAACGUUACCUUGACUUUAUUAAGCAGUGUAUGCGAUGAACAUAAGGGGGGUGAGAGGGCAGUGACGGAUCUUUGGCGAAGCUUCCUAGUUUAUCGUUUACUGUAACUGAGUCUCAAAGGAUCCAACGAAGGAAGAUUGCAAGGAAAUGAGCAGUCAGCGGUUUCGCACUGCUUUCAUCAUGAUAACAGCGACGUUAAGGGGACAAUGGGGAAAUUCAGCACCCGGAUUCCUUGCAAAUCUUCCUGCUACACUCCCUUGCUUUCCGUGAACCCGAUAAAGAACUCACGUGCAUGCUACUCCUCGUUUGCAGAUUCAUCCAGUGUUGCUCUGUCGGCAUGCAUUAUUCAUCCAGACCUGGGCGAUAUGCUAUUGACUGUUAAAUGGGACGAUUAUAUUUCUGUACCUUUUUAUUUUCUGUUCAUUUCAGGGGGCGAGUUGGGGAAGAAUCAUAUCUCUUAGAAAUAUUAUAUUUAUGUGGUAAAGGCUGGUGCUUUGUUUUUGGUUUUAUGCG